ACCGUUUCAAGAAAUAACCGCGCGAACCCACGUCCCACGUGGUCACCACUUGAUGCAAGAUGGCGGACGAUUUGCCUUUCCAAGCGGAGUACGCGAAGUCUAAUCGAUCCGCAUGCAAAGCAUGCAAGGAAAAAAUCGACAAGGAUUCUUUGCGGAUUGCAAGAAUGGUUCAGGUAGGAAAUACUGAUGGAUUUUUGUCGUGAUCGGGCUAGGAUUUAAGUACUUUUUUGCCCGAUAUUUGUCACAAAUUAGAAUGCACGUGCACCAGUGAGUCCAGACAGACCAGUCGAUGUGACGGUUUACACUAUCCGACUAUCGUACAGGGGAUGAUGGUUAACCAGCAGUUAUCAGACCUAAGGAAAUAAUUUUUAUUCUUUUCAUUCCGUGUAGUAGUCUUGUAUUUGGGCGCAAAUAAAAUUAAUAAAUAGAACUGUGAAUUGAACAUCAUAUAUGCUGCCCAGCCAGUACAGGCCUGUGAAAAUUCAUUAACAAUCGAUUAUGAGUAUGCUGGACCUUGCUGGUGAUUGUAACGUAUCUAAUGUCUUCAUUUCUGUCCCUUUUAGUCCUCACAUUUUGAUGGGAAGGUGAGAAUUAACUACUCAGACACUGUCUGUAUAAUAUUUAGUUAUUCACAAUGUAAUAUCAUUAUAUCAUUCAUAUGAAGGCUGGAGUGUAUGGAAAACAAAGGCAUUCAAUAAUUGUGUCCUUAUUUGUUGAAACACACUCUGAAUAUUGGCAUCUUGUAAACUCGAGAUUCAAGAGUUUACAAAUGUUUAAAUAUUAUUCCUAAUGUGUUUCAUCUUAUAAUUUGCAAGUGGUUAUUUGUCCGGUCGUGGAAACUAACGAGCUUUGCCUAUUUGUCAGUGAAUUAGUUUGAUUUGAUUUCUUUGUUCUGUCAGAUUUUAUUAAUUUUCAAGCGUAUCCUUGGUAGCCAAGUGGUUAAGGCACUUGCCUUGUAGACGAUAGCUCAGUGGAUCGACCUGCGUGCCGGUGGCCCGGAUCAGUUAGGGUUAGAGGUUAGGGAAGGGUUAGGUGUGGGUAGGAUUCUGGUUUUAUUGUGUGAAAUAACCACUGGCCAUUUAAAUGAACCAAUCAAAUUAAUUCACAGAUAAAUAGCCAAAGCUUGUUGGUUUCCGUGACCAGACAAUGAACAACUUUGUUUGUGAAAUUGUCUUCUGUAAAGAAAUGAGAUAUAUGCAUGUCAUCUGUGAAGUUGUGAAGUUUGAUUAACCAGUUUAUUUGAUGUCCCUUGACAAAUACAAUUGUCAAUCAUCUGACAUGUAAAAUAGUACAGUAUGACACAUAAUUAGGGCACAUGGCAGCUUAAUAUUGGUUGAAUAUGGAAAUGUCACUCCUUCAGAAGCAAAAUUGUCUAAAAUAAUAUACAAAUAUAGGGGCAUAUUGCUGCCAUCCAGCUAGCUUUUAAAUGGCCAUCUUGAAAUUUGGAUGGCUUGUUUUACUUUCUACUUAAUUUUACUUUGCCAUAAAGAAUAUAGUGCCAAACAAAGUUGUACAUUAAUUUGUACAGUGCAUGCAAGCAUCUUCAGUUGUAAUUUUUUAGGUCCCAAAUUGGUUUCAUUAUGGCUGCUUCUUCAAGAAAAAGUUUGGUUUCUCUGAUGUUUCUCAAAUCAGUGGUUUUGACUCGCUCAGGUGGGAAGACCAGGAGAAAAUCAAGGGUAAAUUAUCAGGCGAGAGUUCACAGGCAGGUGGGACAAGUCAGGUUGAUGGUCCAUCACAAGAUGCUUCACUUGGGGUUGAAUAUGCUAAGUCCAACAGAAGCUCUUGUAAAUCUUGUGAGGAUAAAAUUGAAAAGGUUAGAAACCACUGGUGCAUGUAUCCUGACUUUAUUUAUACUUGACUUGGAAAUUUUAUAAAAAAAUAAUUCAUCAUCAUUAUGUAAAGGGUGAACUUCGUGUUGGAAAAAACAUGGAACCGUCUCCUGACUCAAAUGCUUUUGGAAAAGUUGCUAUGAUGAUGCACUGGUUUCAUGUUGAUUGUUUUGUUGAAAAGAGGUAACGUUUAUGCGUUUUUUCGAAGGAAUUUUUCGCAAUAAUGAAAUUGAGUAAAGCCUUGCCCUCUGUCAAACAAGGAUGAGAGUUGAUGAAAGUUGGUAGUCACGCAUUAUUAUGGGGGACAUUCAAGGUCUAGAUUAACCCAUUAAGCACCAGUGCUCCGGCCCCCCUAGAUGAGUAAAAUCGUCUGGCAUUAGACAGUAAAAAAACAAAGUAGGGCAUGUCAGGACGCAGUGCGACUAAAUGACUAAAAAAUAUCAAAAUAAGGCGUAAAAAAAUACCUGUGGUUCCAGUUCCCGACCGACCCUAUUUUUUUCUGCAGACCCUAUUAUUUUUUUAACGUGAUUGACCGUGCAACCCUAUUUUCUCCAGGUGGUUGCGGGCUGCUCAUACAGCGUGCCAAAUGGCGUCUGUUGUCACACUAAUUAUUGAACCAAAUUGCCUAAAUUCGUCCAUAGGAAAUACGCAUCUCUAGUUAAUUUAAAUUGAUAUUGAUGUCGGGACUCUACUGCAAAUCGCCCAGCAAAAAACUGCCAAAACCAUGAAAAAAAUAUUUUUAAAAAAAAUUUAUAUCCGACCUACCGACCCUAAUUUUUUCGCGAUAUGAAACCGGAACCACAGGUAUUUUUUUAUGCCCAAAGGUUUGAAGAGUGUUCCAACUAUGUUUUACAGUAUCUUAAAUAGAAUACACGAUAGUGUUGGGAAGGCAUUAGGCCACAUAAAAAAAUAGGUGGUUAGCAUCCUCGCCCACCCACAAAGAAGGCCCCGCUCACUAUUUUUUUUUAUUUUAAAAAAAAUCAACUUUUAUUGAUCAACAGGCUCUAAUAUAUGUAGUAUUUCUGUUGACUGUAGUCAGUUGUGUUAAUAAAUUGCGUGUAAAAAUGUCGGUAUGAAUCAUAUUUUGAAAUAUAUAAAAAAAUAUCUGCACAAAAAAUCCAGUUUCGGACCUAUGACCAAGGCGUUAAAAAUUAGAAUAAGUUUUAAAAACUCUGCCCACUUUUUGACAAAAGCUAAGGACGCUAUUUUUUUAUGUGGCCUUAAGAACAGCCAACCAAGGUUGCAUACAAAUUCCUGUGUCGACAAAUGGAGGUGGAGAAAUUUGCGUAUGGUCUCGAAUCUGUCUGAUUUUAUGUUUGGAACUAAUGUUAGACAAGGAUAUAGUACUGAUUUUCGUUUGUGUUUUGCAUUUGAGAAAGUAAUUUGUCCAUAAUAGCUUCUCCAUAAAAUUGUUCGUAAAUACAUUUGAAAUGAGAUUGUAAAUAUAGUAAUUGGUAAUGCAACAAACAAAAUAUAAUGCUAUAGAUCUGAACUGGAAGUUGAAGAAGUCACAGCCGAAAUGUUUCCUGGAUUCACAACCUUGAGCAAAGAAGACCAGACUUUGUUACAGAAGAAACUAGGAACAUCGAAAGCUAGCGGGAAGAAGGCAGGGAAGAAGCGGAAGGGAAGUGCAAUGGAAGAAACAAAAGGGAAACAAAAUAAAAAAUUAAAAGAAGAAAAGAAGGGGAAAACAGAAGAAAAGAAGAAAGAGGAAGAAGCUUUGAAAGUAAUUUUAAUUUUUUCCCGUAUGUUAUAGACCGAUUCCAAAAAUUAUUGUCAUUCUUUUUUCUUCUGAAUCGAAUUUCAAUCAAAAUAAUCACUGCUGCCUUAUAGACAGGGACGCCGGAACUGAGGGCAGGAGGUGCAGGGGGGCAAAGGUGCCGUUGCCCUUUGCCCUUUACCAGGAGGGGCAAGGGGGGCAAAGGUGCCCUUUCAAUUUAAAGGGUUGCCUUGGCGAAAUAGCGAAUUGUCAGAAAUGUUAGUGCAAUUCUUUUACGAAUUUGCUUCAGAAAACGCAAGAAAUGCAGUCAUCGAGCUUCAAGAAUAGCACAAUCGCCUGGCGGAGAACCCACACACCCCUAUCAUCCAAUAAAUAGAAAACAUGAUUAGGCGAAGUUCAACUCUUAGUAUAUAUCAAUUCAAAAGUGCCCUUUCACGAAAAUCUGUCCCCCUUGCCUUCACAUCGUUCCGGCGUCCCUGCUUAUAGAAUACUUCAAGACCAACAGUUUUGCAAAGUAUAACUAAUCAUACCAUGUAUCCUCUUUGAGAAAUUAAAUGUUAAAGAUACCGAAGUUCAAUCUUGAACUCUUGCACUUUGCCUUAACUUACAGAGUCUGUUUGUUAGUAUGGUAAUUUAUAAAAUAUAAAAUAGUGAGAAAUUGUUUUAGCUAUAGUUUUCGAAGCGGUCAAUACGAGGCAAUUUUUAUCUUAAGUUGCUAAGAAAUUAUAUCUACCGGGUAUCCCUCAAAAAAAACUGGACACUGUUUAAUUUCAUGUAACGUAAAAGCAAUCACAAUGAAUUAAAGAUCAUUGACAUUGCAUUCAGAAAGGACUAACUUAGGUUUUGAUAUAUACAACACUUGAAUUUACAUGCAAUAUUGAGCGAAAAUUGGAGAGGUGAAAAUUGGCUAAUUAUAAGGUUGUUUUAUCAGCUAAUUCUUGGCAUUGUCAAAAACAGUAGUUCAACGUUCAAACAUGCAAUCAAUAUUGCAUGUAAAUUCAAGUGCUAUAAUAACCUAUAUAUCAACUGAAUCUAAGUUAGUCUUUUCUGAAUGCAGUGAUCGUUAUUCCAUUGCGAUAGCUUUUACGUUACAUUAAGUCAAACAGUGUCCACUUUUUUGGGGACGCCCAGUAUAAGUAUAUAUAAGGCCAGUGAGCUAUUUAAUCUACAGUGUAGAUUGCAGGAGAGGGGAGUUGCACAAAAACGGUGACUUUGCCAAUAUUAUCACAUUCAUUUUAUGUAAGGAAAAAGACGCAAACGUUAGAGCAAAAAUGACCAAGCUCAAGGGUGUUUAACAUGCCAUUACCGCCAUUAUUUGUUUUUAGGCCCAAAGUAAGAGAAUCUGGAAGAUCCGAGAUGCAUUGAAAAACGAAUGCAGUUCAAAUGAUCUAAAACAAAUGUUAUCUGAUAAUAAUCAGCCUGAUUAUGGUGGGGAGAGUGUGGUAGGUAGUAGACUGACACAUGAUUGAACGUGAGGUUGGAGGGUUGGCCAACGUAGUAUUUUAAGUUAUAUAAUAUACGUUGUUUUGCAGCUUUUAGAUAAAUGUGCUGAUGGAAUGGCAUUUGGAGCAUUGAAACGCUGUGGGGAAUGUGGCGGUGGAAGUUUUAGUUAUAAGUAAGUAAAACAAUUCAAAACCAGACCAUACCAUAUCAUACCAGAUCAUACCAUAUCACAAAUACCACACCAUAACACACCAGACCCUGCCAUACCAUCCAACCAUAUCAUAUAACAAAUACCACAUCAUACGAUACUACACCAUAUAUCAUACCUUACCACCUGAUACCAUACCAUAUAUCAUACCAAACCACUCCAUAUAUCAUAUUACACUAGAUCAUAGCAUAUCACAAAUACCAUAUCACAAAUACCACACCAGACUACAUGACACCAUAUCAUAUCAGACCAUAUCAUACCAGAUCAUAGGACACCAGAUGAGUGUACCACGCCUUUGCUACACUAUAUGGCACCAUAACACACCAAUGACACCAUACAAAAAAAUACCAGCACUUAACCAUAAUCAUUCAUUUUUUAUAUCAGAAAUGACGGUUACUACUGCCAUGGAAAUAUUACAGAAUGGACAAAAUGUACAAAUGUCACAAAAGAUCCUGAAAGGACAGCCUGGAAAAUCUCAACAGAUUUAAAAGAAGAUAUUGAUUUCCUGUAAGACUUUGAAAUUUUAUCCUUUUAGACUUUUUAUGUCUUAAACAUCACCUUAUUUAUAGUCACAUGUGAAAAUAGCGCUUCAUUUUGACUCUAGCAAACAACGCAAUGAUUCUCUUACGGAACUUUGGUUUUCUCCCGUAGUGACAUUUGUCAAAUAAGGAAUGAUUCUUUCUUGACCUCCAGAACAGUUUGGAACAAAUAGAGCUAUUCAAUAUAAAUAAAGUUAGUUUAGUUUUUAGUGCAAAGUGAAGCCUAAUUCACUUUGCAACUAUAGUGCAUGGUUAGGGAAAAAUUCAAUCGAGACAGAUAUAAAAAGUGUAAUCAAUCGGGGGACGUUGCAUGCAAUCGGGGGACGUUGCAGAACUUGGUUUUCAAAUGCCAGAAGUACCUUUUCAAACGCCAGAACUCCGUUUUCAAACGCCAGAACUCCCUUUGCAAAUGCCAGAACUCCCUUUUCAAAUGGCAGAACUUGGUUUUCAAAUGCCAGAGCCCAGAAGUAUCUUUUCAAACGCCAGAACUCCGUUUUCAAAAAACGCCAUGCAGAACUCAGUUCUGGCAUUUGUAAAGGGAGUUCUGGCAUUUGAAAAGGGAGUUCUGGCAUUCGAAAAGGGAGUUCUGGCAUUUGAAAAGGGAGUUCUGGCAUUUGUAAAGGGAGUUCUGGCAUUUGAAAAGGGAGUUCUGGCAUUUGAAAAGGGAGUUCUGGCAUUUGAAAAGGGAGUUCUUGCGCAUAUCCACUUUGCACUAUCCUUGGGAUUUCUGAGUUCGUUAUUAGCGUUAUAGAUAAUACACUAUAAUAUAUAAUAAGAUAUCUAUAUUUAAUUAAAAAAGACAUUCUAAAUAUUUCUAUCAAUGGAUAAUACUAUUUCUGUUGUGUAUAUAACCCCUUGCCUAUAGAAUAGCUUUGCUAAAUGCAUGUGGGUUUUAUUUACUUUGUAAUUUUUGUAUUUAAUAAUAAAAGUUGUAAGUUGUAAGAGGCUUAAAGCUAUGCAUGGCUCAUUUUCCCACAGGAAGAAGUUUAAACCAAAGAAAGGCAAGAGAAUAUUUCCCACAGUGAAAGAAGUUGCAUCAGAAGCCUCGGACUCACAGGGAAAAGAUGAAGUCGACGCCAAGUACGUAAUGUCUGAUGAAGGCAUAUUUGCAACGCUCGAAAUAACGCUUGGAUCUUGUGCAUGAAUAUUGACAGUAAUUUCCGGAAAUGUUAAACAGCUGUAGGAAAUUCGUUUGACUAAAGUUGCUAUUGAAAACAUGAAGGAAACCUUAACACCCAUGUCCCACUGUGGGCGCAACAGCAUAUACAGUAGUUGACAGACAUUAUUCCUCAGUUUAAUAUAAAACUCUGGUCAGCUAAAACACCAUACAUAUGUUUAUGCACAUAAUUUAACACAAAAAUACUUCGUUGGUCUGCAGGAAAUUUUUGUCUCCAGAUUUUGCUCCCAGGAAGAAAAUUAUUUUUUCCUGUCCUGCAAGUACGAUCUGCGCCAGCGUAGACAGUGACAAAAGAAACAGGAACUGUGGAUUGAUAGGGAUUCAACUGCCUGAAAAAUACAAGUUAAACUUGGAUGUUUCGAGCGAAAGCCCUUCCUCGGCCACUGUUGUAUAAGAUAUACAAACACGAGUAGAAAAUAUACAUAGAUAGCGAUUCGUCUUGAUGAAAACGUUGCAUUCUUUAAUAAUCGUAAAGUAGAGGGCAAAAUUACUUGUACCUGAUUGGCUGAGACGCAAGCGCGGGACGUUUCUUGUUUUAAUUUAAUUUUAAAAACAACGGCUUCUCGCUUUGUCGCGGAUAAUGAUGAUAUUGAAGUUUAAAACUUCUAGUGAAAACUUGAACACUAGAAAAAGUACAAAUUUAUUGGUUGGAGUAUUUAAGAAAUGGGCAGGCAGGGCAACAUUAAGGAACAUCGGCAAAGACAUGGAGACAUACGAGGUUCAAGAACUAAAUAUCCCCUCACAUAAAUUUUUCACUUGUGUUUUCACAAAUUUGUGAAACUUGAAAACACUCGUGAAAUUAAACCUUAAUUUUAGUCGGCCCCAUGCGAUUACCUAUACGAAUUCUUGCUCAAAUUUGCUAAUAUUUGGAGGAAAUCAAUCCUGUAAUAUAUCAUUUUAUAUUAUGUGUUACAGGCCUGUUGCCGUCCCUGGCAAACCUUUAUCUGGUCUGACUUUGACCGUUAUUGGGACAUUGAAAACGACAAAGGUAAAAUGGAAAUUGUGUCAAAACAAAUAAUGGUGAUAAAUAAUUGUAUUAAGAAAAAUAUCUAUCCAAACCGCUUUUAGCAAGUGAUUAUCUUAACUCCAGGCAACAACGAAGAGUAAGAUCGAAGAGCUAGGAGGAUCAUUUAAGAAUAAAGUUUCCUCAGAAUUAACUUGCUGUAUAAGUACUUCAGGUAAGCUUUGAAGAAGCUUUUGUGAAAAGAUUGACAUAGCAUUUAGCGUAUAUGCCUUUCAUAGUAAAACUGGAGCAAUAAGGGAUGAUCCUUUCUGGACCUCUAGGGAGAACAGUGUGGACUAAUAGAGCUAUUCAGUACAAACAAAGUUAGUUUAGGUUUCCUCCUGUAGUAAAACUGGACCAAAAAGAGAUGAGCCUUACUGGACCUCGAGGGAGAACAGUAAGAAUACUAAGAUAUUUGGUUUUCCUGAUUUACAUCAGGUGAAGUGGCGAAGAACAGCAAGAAAAUACAAGAUGCUGAAAAAGCCAACGUCCCUGUAGUAUCAGAGGAUUAUUUAGAAGCAGUUCAAACCGAGGAAGCACUUGCUGCCAUUUCAAAACACAGCCUAGUCCCUUGGGGAACGAGAAAGAAUGCAUCUGUUGAAAAGAAAGGUAAACGACCUGCGAUCGAUGUCCCGGAUGGACCAGUUGGCAAGAAGAAAGCUGCCUCAUCAGGAGGUAAGGUUUGACUUUUGCGUUUUAAGUUUAAAUGCCAUAUUUAGUCAAUGAUUUUGGUUUUUAAAAUCCUUCUUAAAUUUAUUCUGUAGGCUCUGGAAAAGUCGUUGAAAAGAAAGUGAAAAUGUCUGUUAAGGGUGGAGCUGUUGUUGAUCCUGACUCAGGUAUUUGACAAUACCAAUUAUACACUCGUAAAAAUCUCACAGAUUGUCAACAAGAUGUGUCGCACUGCUUGUUCCCAGUUUUUGACAAGUCUGGAGGAACAAGUUAUCAUCUUGUAACAAGGUUGCUGAGGCCAACAGACUCGCAACAAGUUGGUCCGACAAGUCUGACGUCGUCUGUACGUAACAAGUUGUUAACAAGUUGAUGACAACAAGCUCAUAGCAACUUGUUAUGAAUAGCCUGCAACUUGUUAUGAAUAGCCUGUUGCCGUCAUCAACCUUGUAACAAGGUUACCGGUAACACAGACUUGUCACAACAACUGGGAACACGAAGUGCGAACACAUCCUGAUAUCGACUUGACAACAAUCUUAUUACAUAUAUACCUACCACUACAGAAUCAUCCUCAGCUGACACUGCAGAAAACAACGAAAAUUAGCUGUCUUGAGCUGAUUUCUAGCUCGCAUCUUCUUUUCCUAUUGAACCAAUGACGUGUUUUAUCGAAUUCAAGUGCAACACACAAAUUUCUUUCGUGGCAACUUAACAAAGAUGCACUUUCGAAUCCCGCUUGAAAAUUUUACAUUGUUUUCUGCAGUCUCAAAAUAAUACGACAAGAUCGUGAUGUAUAGGUACAGGUACAAAUUUUUGCACAGCCUUCAGUGAACAGCUCGAAUCGCCUGCGAUGAAGAGUGAGAUCUCCUUUUAUGUUGACCAAAUUAACCACCAGUACAGUUCUGACUACGAGUAAAGAUUCGUUAUUUCAGGGUUCGUACAAAACUUGAAAGUCCUUGACUUGAUGUCUUUGAAUUUGAAAACAAAAAUUCAAGGCCUCGAAUGUCCUUGAAUUUGUAAAGAAGUACUUGAAAGUCCUUAAAUUUUUCUUGCUUUAGUUUUUGGAUAUUUUCUGAAAUUGUUUGACAUUCAAAACGGACAUUUUGUUGAAUUGAUUUUGCAUGUUCAUAUCUGACUAAGGUGUUUGAAAGAUUUGUCUGAAAGAAUCAGAUUUUACUGAUUUCUAACCCCUUUUCUUCAGUAUUUAUUUAGUCCUUGAAUUUGCUGAUACAUGGCCUUGAAUGUCCUUGAAAAGUCCUUGAAUUUGACUCUUCCUCACAUGUACGAACCCUGUUAUUUGCAUGCGCAUCAGUCCGCUAUACUUUGUAUAGUAGUCAAUAACAAACAGGCGACAAAAUAUGCCGUAUGAUUUCACUGACUUUAUUUCAUAUGGCGUAAAAAAAUACCUGUGGUUCCGGUUCCCGACCGACCCUAUUUUUUUCUGCCGACCCUGUUAUUUUAUCAACGCGAUUGACCGUGCGAUCCUAUUUUCUCCAGGUGGUUGCGGGCUGCUCAUACAGCGUGCCAAAAUGGCGUCUGUUGUCACACUAAUUAUUGAACCAAAUUGCCUAAAUUCGUCCAUAAGAACUACGCAUCUCUAGUUAAUAUUGAUGUCGGGACUCUACUGCAAAUCGCCCAGCAAAAAACCGCCAAAACCAUGAAAAAAAUAUUAAAAAAAAAAUUUAUUUCCGACCUACCGACCCUAAUUUUUUCACGAUAUGAAACCGGAACCACAGGUAUUUUUUUUUACGCCUAUGUGUUUCAUUUAUUCUCAGGUUUAGAAGAUAAAGCACAUGUCCUACAGGUGAAAGGCGAAGUAUAUAACGCCGUUCUUGGCAUGGUUGACAUCACACGUGGAACAAACUCUUACUAUAAACUGCAAGUUCUUAAGGAAGAUAAAAGUUCAAGGUUUGUAUUGCUGAAUUGUUAUUUAUCUCAUUCCCAUUGAAAUUAUACUGCAUCCAGUGGGUGAUUCCAUCUAUAGACUAAAUUUUGAUCAAUGCAAGACGAACGAAAUCCAACACCACAGCUAGAAAAGAGCGUACAUGUAUUAGAAUGAGUAAAACUGCAAAGAUUGGUUGCUAAAUGUUGUAAAAUGAAGAAAAUGUAGCCCUGUGAAGUUCUCAAAUUUUGUGUAUAUUUGUAUUACGCGCGGUAAAAAUAACCACUUUUGGCUCAAAAAUGGUUAUUUUUCCCGCGCGUAAUGCAAAUAUAUACAAAAUUUGCGAAACUCACAGGGCUAUAUUUUCCUCAUUUUAUGACAAUUCGCAAUCAAAUUUUGCAUUUUCAUCAUUUUAAGAUGCUCUUUCCAGCCAUGGUAAUGGAUUUCGUUCAUCUUCUUUGGUCAAAAUUUCGUCUAUAGCUGGAAUCAUCCAUUUAUUAUCUCAUACUUCAGAUCAGGGGCGGCGGAACGGAUUUCAGUUUAGGGGGGGGGCUAAAUUUUUUUCAUUGACCUCCCCCCCCCCAUUUUUUUUCCGUGACCUAUAACAGAAAAAUUUUCCGGACAUACUCGAUUUUUAAACAAAAUAUCCCAAAUUUUUCCCAUUAUACCUAAAUUUUCCAAAAAUACCCUACAUUUUUCCUUAAUUAUCAAAAUUUUUCCAGAGAAAACAAAAUUUUCUGGGGGGGCUUAGCCCCCCCCACUUUUACUUCUGGGGGGGCUUUAGCCCCCCUAGCCCCCCCUGUUCCGCCGCCACUGCUUCAGAUAUCAACUGUUUAAUUUCACCAAGCUUGUCAGGUUUACUCUAGAAAGCUAUUCAUUUACCAGAUAAGUUAUUGUUUUACCUUAUUUAGAUGCUAUCUUUUUCGUUCAUGGGGACGAGUUGGCACGACAAUUGGUGGCAAUAAAGUUGAGGUAAUGAUUAUUAUGGAUUAUUCGUCCAAAUAAAUAUUUUUAACCAGUGAACGUUUGAAACUCUUGAUUAUUUAACAGCGAAGUGAAAAAAGAUAAAGUUAUUUCAACCAUAACCUUGCAUUCAACCCGUUCCUAGUGGAUAGUUGUCGCUUCCUGUGAAUUGAAGUUAAUUUCUUUUCAGGAUUGUUAUGAUUCUGACGAGGCCAUCUCUCGAUUUACAGAAAUGUACCAAGAAAAAACAGGUGAGUACCGUCUAAUACCCAAGUCCUAUUAUACAAGUCUGACAUGAAGUACUGUACUCCGAGUACAGUAUGAACACAGUAUAUAUACCAGGUAAAGGAGACAGAAAUAUUUCACUGUUGAUUUCUGUUGUUUAGGAAACCAUUGGUUUAACCGUAAGAAUUUUGUUAAGCAAGCCGGCAGAUUCUAUCCGUUGGAUAUAGAUUACGGCCAGGUAGGUAUGACAAUUGAAUAGCAACAGGUUAGCAGCAUACUGACCUCUUGAAAUGAUAAACGGCCUUCGCUCAUAACAUCAAAAUUUAAGUAGUUUAGACAACGGUGUCCUUAUUUGUCAGGACGAUGAUAAUCUUCAAGCUCAGACCGCCAUAGCUGCAGGAAGUAAAUCGACCUUACCUCUUGCUGUUCAAAAGUUGGUCAGAAUGAUCUUUGAUAUCGAGUCCAUGAAGAAAGCUUUGUUGGAAUUUGAGGUAAGAUUUCAUUUACGAGGAGGCUUGGUUACUCCGACCAUGUGUGAUGUACCAGAGUCCUAAACUGGCCGUGUUUCUGUUUUUUUUGUAACAAGCAAUAUUAACAGUAUUGAUUUAACGCGAAAAUUUAUGGACGUUUAUUAUACUUUGGUAUCAAGACAAAUGCAACGAUACUGAAACACUACCGUGCUGAUUUUAUUGCUUUUACGUAAAUGCAUUAUUAAUGAUUUGAGAAAUAUAUUUUUUGUUGUUAAUCUCGUAUUCCACGCUUUGUUUUUUACUUCAAGAUUGAUUUGAAGAAAAUGCCUCUGGGGAAACUUUCCAGAAAGCAGAUUGAAAGCGCUUACUCUAUCCUUACUGAGGCACAGAAGGUAUAUAUAAUGUAUAGCACCUGAAUAUAUAUUUGAUAUACAUCGGCUUACUUCUGUAGUUCUGUUUAUGCUCAAUUCCACACAAACUAUCAAAGUUUCUGUGAUCACAGUAGGGAUUUUGCAUAAGUAAAUUCUAGGAUUUGAAGGAUUUGUAAGAAAUGUUUGAGGCAACUGACUCAGUGUUUAACAUCAAGUCAGUUUCCUCAAACAUUUCGUACAAAUUCUUCAAAACUUAGAAUUUACCUACGCGAAAUUCCUACUGUGCUCACAGAAACUUUGAUAGUGUAAACCAGGCUUUACAUGCCUAAAAUGGAACAGUGGUAACCAAGCAUGUAAAUUAAGAGAUAUUUAUGAGGUUAUGCAAUAACCAAGGUUAGCAACUUGGGAACCAGGUAUCCUGACGUCAGCACGUCACAUGACUCACGCAAUGGGAGUAAGUGACAUCUAUCAUUCCAAGUCUGACGUCCAAACGACAACAACGUGCGUUUUGAAUUUUUUUUUUGCACGCUUAGUUCAACAAUUUAUUUCCACCAAUUUUAAUUGGUGUGAAGGUGUUAGUUCGGUGGGGGGUGGCAGCUCAAGAUGCCAUUGUCAUGGAUCUUAACCUGAGUCCAAGUAACAGUAGUCAGUCCAGGUCACCCCCCUCGGUCAGCUGAGCUAACACCUAACCAACCAAACGGGUAAGUAUGGUGGACAAGGUGUUAAUUGUAUGUUACGUAACACGCGCUCAAAACUAAUGCGUAUAAAUAUACCACUUGAGGUUAUGACUAAAUUCAAAAUUUUUACUUUUUCGAUACGUUUCUCAAUCGGCAAACAAACUUAAAAAGUAUGUUUAGUGCUUUAUCUGUAAAAUAAUGUUAAAAUGAAGAGAUUUUAGAUGAUACGCAAAAGAGAAAAUGAUGUCUGAAGUUCAGUAAGUUUUGCGUAUAUGGCUGUAAAUAUGGCGUCAAUGUUUCUCAACCGGCAAAUGCAUUUAAAAGUUUGCUAACUGUAUAAACUAGAGAAUAAAGCUAAAACAAAGUAAUUUUGAGAGGAACGCCAAAAAGAUUUUGGGUUUUGAACACUUUUCAUUGCAAAUACGUGACAUUGAAAAAAAUUGCCUCUUAAUAUAUGUGAAUGAAUUUGGCAGUACUGACGGUCAUAUUUGGUGUAUUCGAUCCCAGUAUUCAGUAAUAAAUGCACGGAAAACAUAAUCAAAUGUGUUCGUUUGCACAUUUUAUUUCUGUAGCUCAUUGAGGAGAAAGGAAGCAAAGGAGCAAUACUCGAUGCCUCAAACAGAUUUUACACUUUAAUUCCUCACGACUUCGGGAUGAAGAUACCGCCAUUAUUGGAUAACUUAGAGCUUAUCAAGGUAUGUGAAACAACACUAUUAACGUCAGAGGAGUGGAGGUAAAGCGGUUAGUGCAUGCACAUCAUUAAUGGUUUGAUUCCUGCAAUUAGCCUUUUCCCAAAAGAGAUCACAGUGCAUUCUUGGAUCGUUUGGAGGGACAGAAUAUAUGGUGACAGGCGUCAAAUAUGUGAAAGAGUAGAAGUAUCUACUAUCAAGUAUCUACUUUUUAGACGACCAAAAAUGAAAUACCUUCUUUUUACAUUAAACUUUUAAUUUAAAUGUGUGCUGCCAUAUUUCUUGUCCCUCCAACAUGGGAUUUUCGCGACUAGGCCCGGAACUUUAGGAAAUGGCUAAUAUAAAGUUGUCUCAUCAGUUGUAGUAUCGCUUUAAUUGAAUGUGAGAAAGUUUCUCCUGGUUUUCCGAUUUCCUGCUGCAGUAAUACUGGAGCAAUAUGCCUUACCUUGAGGCAAUAUGCCUUACUUAUCUUGUCUUACCUCGAGAGAAGAACAGGUUAGAACUGAUAGAGCUAUCAACUUAAGAAACAUUGGAACAUCAAAAUAACUUUGAAAAGGAAUAUUUCAACUAAUCUACACAUUUUUUUAAAAAUAAGUUAGAACAAACGACAAGGCAUUACCCGUUAUUCGUUCUGUUCUAGAGUAAAGUAGACAUGCUGGACAAUUUGCUGGAUAUUGAGGUGGCUUACAGUUUGAUCAAGGAAACAUCAGAUAGCGAAGAUCCAUUGGAUAGUUAUUAUAAGAAAUUGAAAACUCAUAUUAAGGUGGGCUUUUUUUAUGAAUUCUUGCCGCAAUUGAAUAAGUACUUUGCAUAAAAAGGUCAAUACAGCGAGUGACUGGAUGGCAUGGAGAACAGUGUGAUUUUCAAAACAAUGAAAAGACAAUGUGUUUGUUUACUUUUUUAGCCAAUCAGCAAAGAAGAAGAUGAAUUUACAAUGAUUGAGAAAUAUGUGAACAAUACGCAUGCGUCAACUCACAGACAUUACGGCUUGGAGAUUCAGGAGGUACUGUAGUCAACCAUCUGACACAUCAUCAGAUGGUUGAGAUGGUGGUGGUAGUGGAAUAUAGUGGAAUAAUGGUGUGGCAGUCUUGAUGGUGGCAGGGGUGGAUCCAGCAAGGUUUUUCUAGGGGGGUGCUGGGCGAGCAGCCGAGUGUUUCUUUAUAAUUCCUUAUAUUAACGACUCAAACGUCAAAGGCGCGAGCUCCCUAGGGGGGCCAAGGGUAUGCCUCCAGAAAAUUUUGAAAAUUAGAAUCCUAGAAAUGCCAUUUUCUGCGAUAUGAGCAUUGAAUUGUGAGCUUCAGUUUGACUUCAAAAAAGGAAAAACCUUGGAAAUUGUGCCAUAUUUCUGAAUUUGAUUUUUUUGCACCCCUGUUGACCAAGGCCAACAGGGGUGCGGACCCCUGUGCACGCCCCCCCCCCUAUAAAUCCACCCCUGGAUGGUGGUAAUGAAGACGUUGGUUAUGAUAAUUGGUCUGGUAAUGAUGGUGGUAGAGGAGGUAGCGAUGGUCAUAUGGUAGUGGUAAAUGGUAAUGAUCGUGAUGGUAAUGAUCAAGUUGAAGAUGAUGAUGGUGAUAGUUAUGUUGUUAUGAUGAUGGUGUGGUGCUGUUGUUGGCUGUUUGUGAUGAUGGUGUUGAUGGUGAUAGAAGUAAUAAAGAUUCUGGCAUGGUUGUGUAGUAUUCUUGAUGGUGAUGAUGGUGCCGAAGAUAAUGAUCAUGAUAGUACUUAUGAUUGUGGCAAUGAUACUGGUAAUGAUGGUAAUAAUACUAGCAAUGGUAAUGAUGACAGUUGUGAUGAGAUUGAUUAUUGUGUUCUUUUUUCAGAUCUUCAGGAUUGACCGUGAAGGAGAAAAGAAACGUUACAAACCAUUUAAGGAACUUCCAAAUCGUAAACUUCUCUGGCAUGGCUCACGCGCGACUAACUUUGCUGGUAUAUUAUCUCAGGGUUUGAGGAUUGCACCUCCAGAGGCUCCUGUCGUAAGUUAAGACGAUCAAAUUUUAAUAUACAUCUUCAUGGUUGAGUUCUGGACAAACCCACAAGAAACAUUGUAGUGGAAACAUCAGACGUUCCUCGUUUACUCAAAUGCUUCCCCGUUUGGCCACCUUGAAAAUGUUGCGGAAAACCUUUUUCUAUCAGAAAGCAAAAACGUUUCCCAAAUAUUCAGAAGCACAUUUUGUUUCCAAUGGGUGAUUUUUGUUUCAACAAUGCUUGAAGGGGGCUUAAUUUCUAUUUUCAACCGUGUUUCAUUGGUAGUGAAUAACGUCUGUUUUUAUCGUAUAACGAUUAAUUUUCUUGCUUUAAAAUUUUUAGACUGGUUAUAUGUUCGGAAAAGGACUCUAUUUUGCAGGUAAGCUAUUUUGCAAUAAAAGUAAUUUUGCAAUAUUAAUUCGCUUCAGUUCUAAUUUUAUCUGGAUGAUUUUAUAGACAUGGUAUCAAAAUCUGCAAACUAUUGUAAUACAAACUACAGCAGUCCUGUUGGUCUGAUGCUUCUAUGUGAAGUUGCUCUUGGAAAUAUGUAAGUAUCUCUAGCUCUCUACUUUCACUCUUACUGCAAGCAAAUUUUCCUUGACAAGUUUUGUUGCACAUGUGCACGGAAUGUUGUUAAACAUUUAUGAUUUAUCUCACGGCAUGACCGCCUUUUGUUUGCCAAACCAUAGAAGUAUUAAUUUUUUGUACACUGUUUCCUUGGCGGCCGCACACAGGAACAAAUUUUCCUUGUCCAAAAGCUGGCUUGACUGGUUUUGGAACAAGUUUCCUUGUCAAGGAAAGAUUUUUGCCUUACACACACUAGCAAACGAAACAUGUCAAGGGAAACGUGCUUGUCUUGUACGUGAGCUUUAGUCUCCAACACCAAUUCUUGAUAUAUUCAUUUUACUUGUUUUGUCAAUUAUUUUAAAAGGCACGAGUUGACGUCCGCAAACUACAUUAAGAAACUUCCUCCAGGGAAACACAGCGUUAAAGGUCAGCUUUUGUUGGUAGAAUUCAAGAUACGGCUGAUGCUGGACCGCUUUAGAACUGUUGCCAAUCAUAGCAGCAUGAAAACAAUGCCCCUCCCCAGGGCCGUAGCGACCGGGGGGUGCAACCCCCCCCCCCCCCACACUAAUAAUUGCCCAUGAGCAAUUUCAGGUAGAUUUCCAGUAGAUUUUCAGGUAAAUUCAGGUAAUUCUGAGGGCAUAAGAAAGUGAAUUGGGAAAAAUAACUAUAUUUGUGGAAAAAUUUACUGUAUUUUCCUAAAAAUGAAGAUAUUUCCUGAAAAUAUUUUUGCUCUUUUGGUAAAAUUAUGUCCGAAAAUUUUUUUGCGAUGAUCUUCACCCCUCACCCCUCCUCCCCCCACCAACAAUUUUGGGGAAAGAAUAUUAAUUACAAUCAUGUAAAAACGGUAAGUUGGAUAAAUUCAGGUAAAUUUAAACCUUACACCCCCCCUAAGACAAAGACCUCGCAACGGCCCUGCCCCCCCUGCCAGCACACCACUGCACGUUGAUCACCGGCAUCUUACUGCAUGAUAGCAUAGAUUAAGUAUAUACUUAAUCUGUGAUGAUAGUGGCAUCAUAGGUCACCCUAUAUCACUAUGGACUGGUUUGACGCUAUCUUCGUUUCUCGUACGUAUAGGUUGUGGUAGGACAGCUCCAGACCCUAGCUCAGAUCACACUGCGAGUGAUGGUACCAUUGUACCUUAUGGAAAUGGCAUAGAUCGGCAGACAUUAAUCAAUCAAGCCUUCUGUAUAACGAGUAUCCUUUGUGUUACAUAUAUUUUGUAUAAUAUAGCAUUUGUAAAUUUCGCUAGUAUAGCAUUUUGCCGUUGUCUGUUCAGUUAUAGAUACGCAGUAUGACAUAAUGGGAAGAACAAAAAAGUGAUCCACUCGCUCGGCGGCGCGUGACCACUUGUUGUUCUUCACACAUUAUGACGUCAUACUGUGUAUCUAUAACUGAACAGACAACAGCAAAAUCUUAUCUAUUUGUUAAAUAAUGCAAACUGUAUUAUGCUGUUGUCUGAUUUUAAUUUCACCUCGGUAGUAACAUGUCAGAAGCAGGGCCGCCGAGAGGUUGUGCGGGUCGCGGGGCAAAACUUUCCCAGGGGCCCCUAUGACGUCAUGAUUGUAAAACGGGAGAAGCGGUGUUUUACCCUGGUCAGAGGAGUGCUUCCAGCCUAGUCCCAGUCGUUCUGAAACAAGCGUGAGAAAAAACGUGGAUGUAGUACGAGACUGGGACCUAGGUGUGAUGUCACCGCUGAAGGUGCUUCAGAACGCCUAGCAGAUUUCAGUAUUUUUAAUAUGGCGGAAAAUUUAUAUAUACAAAUAACCUUGUAAAUACGACAAUGUCACAGAAUAAAGAUCAGUAACAGAAGGGCCACUCAGCGGUGCAACGUGUCCUCGUUUUUUUGUGCAAAAAUAUGCAGUUUACUGGCCAGAAGGCAGAGCAGCCAGCCGGUACAGCGUGUUUAUUGGCCAGAAAAUGUCAUUGACUGGCUAGGAAAAUGGCGGCCAACAUGCACAAUGCGACAUGCGCGAGGACAGAAACUUCAAAGCUUCCGACGUAAGUGGCCCCUUCUAUAUGGAUCUUUAUUCUAUGACAAUGUUGUUGAUCAUGUUCGAUGUCUACAUAACCAAAUUCAAACUGUAUUAAAAAUGUGCUCAAUUAAAAAAAAUUAUAUACAAAUUUACGAUACUGAGUCUGAGCAAUGGUCGUACAAUUGUUGAUGUUAUUUAUAUACUCGCAAGUUGUGAUCAACACUAGACCAUACUGGUAUGCACAACUACGCCUUCUACUCGACAGGUUUAAGUAGCUUAGGAGAUUGGAAAUAUUUGUCUGACAUGACUGUGUUGUCAAAACAUUUUUAGUCGGAGACUCGGCAUAAUUUUCAAGCUUCUAGAUAGCAUUUAAUAUGGCUUUAUAUUUUAGUAAACACGAGUCAUAUUUAGCCCGUUAUUCCAUUCUGACCGUAUGGUAGCGAAACGUAGCCUAUUUCAUUGUUCCGACAGCAUUAGAGCAAAACUAAUGACUUAAUUAUAAACGCAAAGGAAAUUUCCAUAACAUUUUCUAUUUACAAAUGCGGUAUGCUUGGUAACCAGGCCAGGGACCACUUUUUUGAAAUCAGGGACCAUUUUACCGAAAUCUGCUAGGCUCUCUCGCUGAAGCGUUCCGCAUAGCACACCCAGGCAUAAAUCUUAAGACUUAUUUAAAUAUAUCAAAGCAGCGAAUAGAGAGAGAGAGAGAGAGAGAGAGCCUGGGACUAGGCUGGAGUGCUUCCAGUUUGACCCUACUGAAACAGACAUAUUUUACAGUGGGGUCCAGGGAGCAAAGCCAAAAAGAUCACAGAGAACCAGGGGAACAUGUAACCUUGGGCAACAAGGGAACAAGAAAAAAAUUCAAGGGAACACGGGAGACCUUCAAUGGUGUAGAAAUUUUCCUUAACAAAAUUCUAGGUACAUUGUUUAUGACGUCGCGCAAGUAAACAUGAAAUAUCUGCUUCAACUGAAAUUUAAUUACGACUAACAAUCGUGAUGAACACCUACUCUCAGCUUUGUAGAUUAAAACGCUGCUGAAAUCAUUCUUAGGCAUUUUAGGAUAUUGACAUUGUUAGUACAUUGCUGCAAAAUAUGUAAAGACUAUAUAUAUAUGCCUCGUUUUGUUGUUGUUGCACCAUGUAUUCUAGCCUGCGAGCAGGCUCUCUAGGGGCCCGCUCGCAGGCUACAUGUAUUCCGAU